AGAUUAUGUAAAAUGACGCUAACUUGGAGACGUCCCUUUUAGUAGACCUAUAACCAGGACCUGCUUCAGUUCGUCUCGACACGAGGAAUAUGAAGCAUCACCUCUCUAGUUUGUUGUUCGUUCUGUGCGUCUUGUACAUCGCGGAGCAGUCGGAAUGUUACAAGAUUCUAGCCAUCGUUCCGACACCAUCUUACAGUCAUCAAAUACCGUACCGACGAUUAUGGCUGGAACUACACAAACGAGGUCACGAAGUUGUACUAGUCACGGCGGAUCCUAUACCAAACAUCAAAUCACCGAAUUUUACGCAAAUCGAUAUUAGCCAAUCUUACGGAUCCAUAAGGAGUUUAGAUUUUGUUCAAAUGCGAUUUGAGGGAAAACGCUGGUUGCAUAUUGUGGAAGAAGAAAUGUUGGCUAUAGUCGAAGUUUUUGCGGAAACGGUGCUCAAUGCUACAGAACUGCGGAAGAUGUAUGCUGCAGACAGCAACGCAACGUUCGAUGUCUAUUUGACGGAAUUCCUCUUCGCGCCCGCCACUUACGCUUUCGCACAUCGAUUCAAUGUUCCUAUAAUAGGGUUAAGUUCAUUAGGGAUACUUGCCAUUAACGAACACGCUCUUGGUGGAUUGGUUCUCCCUUCUCACGAGUACACCUGGGAAAUGGAAGACAACACGGGUACGAAUCUGCCGUUCUUCAAGAGACUGUACAAUUUCAUCAACAUGUGGCGUAGCUUAUACUACGUCUACCACGAGAUCUUUCCUCAGCAACAGAAAUUGGCCGAAAAAUAUUUUGGGCCUCUGCCACCAAUGCUAGACGUAUUGAAGAACGUUAGCAUGCUUUUCAUCAAUCAGGCCGACGUUAUGGCACCGGCUCGACCGAAACUUGCGAACGUAAUCACAUUUACAUCCUCCCACAUAGAAAAAAAGCAGAAACCUCUGCCUAAGGACUUACAAGCAUUUCUGGAUGGCGCAACAAAUGGGUUCAUCUACUUUAGUCUUGGUAGUAACGCAAGAAGUGCAAGUUUACCACCGGAGAUCCGACGUAUGUUCUGCGAUGUGUUCACCAAGUUACCUUAUAGAGUUGUCUGGAAAUUCGAGGAGGAUUUUCCCGGCAAACCUGAUAAUGUUUACAUCGGAAAAUGGCUACCACAACAAACCAUUCUCGCUCAUCCGAACAUUAAAUUGUUCAUUUACCAAGGAGGCCUGCAGAGCAGCGAGGAGACCGUCCACUACGGAGUACCAGUUCUUGGUUUCGCAAUUUUGGCCGAUCAAGAUUAUCAAGUAGCCAGAAUGGAAGCUCUGGGCAUUGGAAAAUAUUUGGAAAUUACAACCCUUAAGAAAGAUGAACUUGAAAAUGCUAUUACAGAGCUUAUAACUAACAAAAAGUACAAAGAAAGGAUACAUUACAUCCGAAAUGUGGUUCAGGAUACACCGUACGAUCCGGUAGAGAAUCUCGCUUGGUGGACAGAGUACGUGAUACGAACGAAAGGCGCCCCUCAUCUUCACAGUAGUCUAGCUUUUCAGCCUUGGUAUCAACGCUGCGAUAUGGACAUUGUAGUGUUCUUAACGAUCGCAAUUUUCUUGAUCGCUUCUACUACCUUUCUUUUAAUUGCCAAGAUUGUCGUCUACGUUCAUAAGAUAACCAAAUCAACUGAAAAGCAAAAAAUAAGCUAAGUAUUUAUGGUAGAAUUAAUGAAAGAGAAGUACCUAUAGCGCAAUUCAGUCCAAGUGACGCAAGUGUUUAGCAUCUCAUUUCAACGAAUGAAUUUUAUCUAGUUUCGUUAAAAUUAAAUGAUCAUCCCGCGGUUUAUAAUUGGCCAGUUUCCCUCAUCAGAAGACUAACGAUUCUGGCACGGAAAAACUUUCAAAUAUAAGAAAGAUUUGAUUAACAUUAAAAUCUCAUUUAUACAUUGUUGAUCUCAUGAUUGAGAUUGUUUGUGGAAUCCUCAAGUUUAUUCUAAAUUGUUAUCAUCGAUUAGGAGAAAUUACAUUGAAAACAUAGGUGUGUCAAGGUAAAGUAUUGAUAUGUAUAGAUGUGUGUAUAGAUAGGUUUGUUGCGUUCUUGACGUUAUUUCGUUUGUUUACCAAUUUAUUGUUUUUAACUGUAACGCGUCUUCUGUUAUCGAGAACGAAAACGAAAUACUUCAAACCUUAUAUUAUAAGGGAUCAAUCAGUAUUGCUGGCAAUAUGUUAAUCGUGUGAUCAAAUAGUACUUGUUAUUCGCGAACAUGUCGCAAUUUGGCCAAUAAAAGUGUCCGUAUCCUGCUCCGUUAAGCGAAACAAAAUGUUGAUGAUGAUUGAUAUUGUAAUUUUAAAAAAUCGAAGGCGUCACGUCGUUAUUGGAAGUAAAUCCUUUUUAAUUGAUACAAAAUUAUGUAGAAAAAUCGCAAAGCCAAAGAUAAAUAGAAUAAUAAUUAAAGUA